AAUAUCUAAUUUAGGUGUCUAUGACCGUUCAGUUUUGGUGGUGUGUUACCGGUUAUCCGUCCGGUACGCUGUGUCUAUUCGUUAGAGUUUUAUACGCUACAACGUGUUCUUAACUUUCAUGUGUUUUCAGUCUUUUCAGGCUGGGUUUUUUGUCAUUUGUGCAAGUUGUACACCACAACAGUUAUUAAACCGUACACACUUGGAUCGUGUUGGUUUGCUUUCGCCACUUAGGGCAGAAAAGAUUAAUAACUGUUUUGUACACUACUGCUACAGUACUGUUGAGCGUUAUUCACUAGUGUACUCCUACACCACUUCUGUAGAUGUGUUUACAUCACCCGUCAUCAUCGUGAAUGACAUCAACAAAGCCGGAACGCAUCAAGAAAUUAACAUCUAAGGCAAUGGAGGCCUAUGCAGAGACUAUUAAAAGGUAUGAAGAAAAGAUAAAAGAACACUGGGAAAAUUUAGAUAAAUUCAUCUCAGAUAAUGGAACCCUGACACAAGAUGUGGACUCCUUACAAUUGAAAUCAGUCAAAUCUAAAACUAUUCAAUAUUAUUCAGUGUUUGAUAGCAAAGCAACAGAGUUCUUAAGAUAUCUGUCUCGAACCGGUACUGAAGACAGCCUUUCUAAGUACUCAUUAGUGACAGCAGAUAUUGCAGACAAACGAAAGGCUGCAAAUGCAUUUAUGGAUUUUCUUAAAGGUUUAAAGUCUGAUCUGUUCUCAAAAUCUUCAAAAACAAGUAAAUCUUCUCGUGCAAGAUUAAACGCAGCUAAAGCAAAGGUAGCAUAUGCUGAAAAGGCAGCGGAAUUGGAACUACAGCGUGUCGCUCUGGAAGAGAAGGAGAAAAAGGAAGCAGCUGAAUCAACUAGGAGGAAACAAGAACUUGAUAUAGAAAUGCAAUUGUUGAAGGAUAAAGAGGAGUUGGACUUGGCUAUAGUUGAGCUAGAACAGUUAUCAGAUAGUGAUGCAGAUUUAGAAUCCAAAUUGAAUGAUAUACCUAUUGCAGACUCAAAGAUUAGAACAGCAGAAUUUAUUUCAAAAGUAAAGCAAGAGAAGUCUUUGAAUCCGGAAGCUGUAAGUUUCCAACCAUCAAGUACUGGAAAUGACUUUACCAAGUAUUUAUUGAAGAAAGAUCUGUUAAUCUCUAGAAUGACUGUGUUUAACGAAAAACCAGAAACUUAUCAGUCAUGGAAACAAACUUUCAAGUCAGUGAUGAAAGAAAUAGAUGCAAACCCAAGUGAGGAAACAGAUUUGCUUAUCAAAUGGUUAGGGUCCAGUUCCAAGAGUCAAGCAACUUCUUUGAAGGCUGCCUUUAUAUAUAAUCCAACUGAAGGUCUGCGUAAAAUUUGGGAAAGGCUAGAUGAACGAUUUGGAACUCCUGAGAAUGUUUACCACGCCACUAUGACAAAAUUGUCAUCAUUCCCCAAAAUAUCUGCAAGAACGUCUUCACAGUUGUAUGAUCUUUCUGAUAUAUUGUCUGAAAUUGAAGGUCUUAAAUGUGAUCCUAAGUAUUCGUCAAUUCUAUCAUACUUUGAUGCUGCUAUAGGGGUAAAUCUAAUCGUGAACAAGCUUCCGCAGUUCUUGCAAGAGAAAUGGACGACUACAGCGACAAGAUAUAAACAAUCAUUCAAUGUAGCAUUUCCUCCUUUUAGUGAAUUUGCAAAGUUUGUCCGAGAGCAAAGUAGAAUCAGAAAUGACCCAAGUUUCAAUUUUGAUGCUCCUUUAUCGGUUGCAACCGCCACUCCAAAACACACACGUAGUUCGUACGACAGACAUGUUUCUGUUAGGAAAACCACAGUAAUAGAUGAUAAAUGUCCAAUUCACAGAACUUCACAUAAGUUGGAAAAGUGCCGAGUUUUCAAAGGAAUGUCUCAAGAUGAAAAGAAAAAGUUUCUCUUUGAGAAACAUUUGUGUUUUAAGUGUUAUUCUAGUCAACACAGGGCUAGUGAGUGUCACAUGAAUGAAAGUGCUCCUGCUCCAAGUUUUAAUAAUAAGCCCUAUUCAUAUGCAGAUGACCAUAAGACAAAAGAAGCCCAAGAUCCUCAAAGGAAAAACGUGACAGUGACAACUUCUUGUACUGAGAUUUGUGAUUCUAGUGAGGGAAAAUCAUGUUCAAAAAUUGUACUUGUAAAUGUGUUUUCACAAAACAAUAAUGAAAAUGUUGUAAAAUGUUACUGUAUUGUAGAUGAACAAAGUAAUAGGUCAUUGAUAAAACCAGAGCUGUUCUCUAUGUUAGGCAUUUGUGGUCAAAAUCAUGAGUAUUUACUAAAAAAAUGUAAUGGUUGUAUGGUUGUCAGCGGCCGCAGGGCUAGCAACAUAGUGGUUCAAUCACUUGAUGGUUCUUGCACUUAUAAUCUGCCUACUCUGAUAGAGUGGUUCUCAUAUACCUAACGAUAACAAUGAAAUUUGCACACCAGCUAAUGCUAGACAUCAUGAUCAUUUGAAACACAUUUCUGAUCAAAUACCAGAGUUUGAUGCUCAGUCUGAAAUUAUGUUAUUGUUAGGG